AUGAAGAACGCAGCGCCGUCGAGAGCUUUAGUUCAGCAGCACCAGUCGUUGAAAACCGCUUCUGAUUCUGCCAGUUUACCGCAAGCGGCGAAGAUCGACGCUGAUCAGAGCUUCAGUCAGAAUUUUCAACAAACACCGGAGGUCCCUCUGCAGGAGCAAGCAAAGUCUAUCGUUUAUAACGGGCAAAUGAUUGACCUGGAAACGCUUGGUGUGUCUGAGGCAGAAUUCCGAAGAAUGUUUCCUUCCGCUGAAGGCACGUUUGUUGUGAAAGGUGAGGAUUACUAUUUGUGA